UUGGAUGUAAUGGAACGAAGCAGGGAGCGAAGACGCAAGCAAAUCGAAGGUGGAUUCGUGCAACCAAAUCGACCCAGCUCGGCAGAGCCCCCGCAGAAUGUUCAACCGGUAGAGAAUACGCCAAGAUUAAUGCCAACUUUGCCACCAAAUGUGCAAGGACGAGCGUUUCCUGCUUGUCAAACAGUUGCGCAUUUAGGUCUACCUGGGAGCAUUGACGGGAACACAUUGCUGCGUACGAUUUAUGAUACUGGAAUACGCGAUGGGCAGUGGCGUGAACGAUGCCAUAUUUAUUCGGAUCAGAUAAAAGGACUUAAAAGGGAUUUGGAGCAUGCAAACAAGAUAAUUGUUGCAAUGAGAACCAAAAGUACUUUGGACGCUGCUUGUUCUCCACCGACCGAAAAUGGUUAG